AUGAAUUCUUUGACGAAUGUGUCGUAUACUUUAGAACAGGAGGAUUAUGAUGAAUAUAUGAAGUCCGGGAUUCCUAUCACGGCUUUUCUCAUAGUCUUGUGUGUCGUUGGAACAAUUGGAAACUUGCACGUGUUUUUGGUUUAUUUGCUAAGAUAUAAGCCGAGCAUAUAUAAGAAAUUUGUAUUGUGUUUGACUGCAGUAGAUUUUGUCGGAUGUUCUUUCUGUGUUCCAGCCACUCUGUACAUUAUCAGAAAUUACUUAUCGAUGAACUCUUCUGCUUUAUGUAAAAUGUAUGUCACAGUCAUGAACACUAUCGGAGUCUACUCUUUGAUUCUUUUGGAUUGUAUAGCUGUGGAACGUUACAGAAAGGUAUGUCAAAACACACGUGUUCAUUUCAGCCAGCGAACAACUCGAUUGCUUUUCGGAUUAAACUGCGUUUUCAUGAUUGUAGCAUUUAUCAUUCCCGGAGUUCUCAUUUUUGGUAUAAACCGGAAGACAACAAAGGCUCAUUCACUUGAUGGAUAUGAAUGCACAGUUUUAAAUAAUUAUAAGAACUCAGCGUUGGUGAAUGUGUACAGGGGAUUUCUAUUCAUCACAGUGGUCACACUCUUACUAAUUUCAAUUGUGUCGUACAUUUUGAUUGGUAGAAGGAUAUAUAUUCAUCAGAAAAACAAUAUCACUACACGUAACCCUCAAAGAACAAAACACCUAACGUCGCAGCCGGAUGUCGUAUAUAGUGAUACUACAAUCUCAAUCACACCAGUACGUUCCAGUCCAGACUCUGAAAUUACUACAGACAGCUACGUUAUGUCCACAGCUGCACGUGACCCAGACAUGAAGCGAGAUAACUCGGUGGCGAGUAAAAGUGACAAAGUCGGACAGUCAACUGAAAAAGAAAAGGCAUUUCUAAAAUCAGUGCAUGAAAGGAAAAGAAAGAAGCUUGUCAAAAGUAGAAAUGUUACUAAAGUUUUCUUAGUGGUGUCCGUUAUCUCGUUCGGUGUUUAUCUCCCUUACCUCUUAACCACCGUAAUUAGGAAUAUUAACAGACCUCUGUAUGAAAACUUUGCAGAUAAUUAUGGAUCCAUAGUCUACUUCAUAACCUGGAUGAUUUUCAUAAACAAUGCUAUUAAUCCAAUUGUAUACGGUUUUAUGGAUAGAACAUUUCGACAGGAACUAUCGGCAUUUUACAUUCAAAUGAAACGCUGUUUAGUUUCUUGGAGGCAUGGCUGA